CAGACUCCCAGAUCUGUCGUUCAUCGAAUCCGAUUGCAGCUUCGAGGGGACGCUCCGUUCCUCUUAAAAGGACGGGUCCGCAUCAUCAACGCAUGGCGUCCUUUGCGGCAUACCGUUCAAGAGUGGCCACUUGCUCUCUGCGAGUCGAGUUUGAUGUCGCAACAAGACCUUGUGGAAUGUGACCACGCUCGGCGGAGGUUCAAAGGGUGCGCUUUUUACGCGUACUACAACCCUGAUCAUAAAUGGCACUAUCUGUCAAGGCAGAAACCGGAGGAGGUUAUGUUUUUGAAGAUCUUUGACUCGGAUCCCUUAGUUAGAGCUACGAAUUGUCCUCAUACAUCUUUCCAACACCUAGAUAGCCCUAAGGACUGUCCCCCUCGCGAGAGUAUCGAGGUCCGCGCACUAAUAUUUAACUACCCGACUGAUAAAUAA